AUGGCGUCUGAACAAUUGGAUUUAAGCAGCCUCCCUCAGAAAGCGCCUUCGAAGCCUACAAAGACAUUACGCUAUGCAGAUGUUGCAGUGACCGCUACUGCUAAGGAGUUUGAUGGUAUCUACCGAAACAAGAAAUAUCAUCAUGCCGAUUUCGUGAACACGUUGGAUCGCGCUCUGGCUGCUGGUGUAGAGAAGGUUAUGCUGACGGGGAUGUCCCUGUCUGAUAUUCCUAUAAAUCUCGCAAUUGCACAGUCUCGUCCGACUCAAUGCUUCAUCACGAUAGGUAUUCAUCCAUACCAUGCCGCUGAACCUGAUAUCGAAGGGCCGAAAUACUUGGCGGGGUUGGUAGAAAGUAUUAAAACUACCCUUGCGUUGACACCAUGCCCUCUCGCGGCUUUUGGUGAACUAGGCCUCGACUACGACCGGCUAAGUCAUGCAUCGAAGGAGAUACAGAUCCGCACAUUCAAAGCGCAACUGGAACUAUUCGUGGAGAAUGAGUGGAAUUUACCUUUAUUCCUGCACUGCCGUGCAGCGUUCGACGACUUCGUCGAAAUCAUAACCCCUUAUCUUGGACGAUUGCCGAGACGAGGCUUGGUACACAGCUUCGUUGGGUCUAAAGCGCAGAUGGAGAAGCUCGCAGAGCUGGGUUUUGACAUAAGCGUAAAUGGAUUCAGCUUCCAAACUCAGGAGAGUCUGGAAAUGGUGGCUGCCAUCCCGUUAGAGCGCUUGCAAAUCGAGACGGACGCUCCGUGGGGAGAAAUAAAGAGUGGAAGUGAGGUUGCAAAGCGAUAUCUAGCUAACGCGUCGCCUUUGCCACUGAGUAAGAAGAGGGACAAGUGGGAUGCGGAAUGUAUGGUUAAGGAAAGGAAUGAGAGCUGUGCGAUUGAGAGAGUUGCUUAUGUCGUUGCUGGCUUGAAAGGGGUUACCGUGGAUGAGGUGGCUGCAGCGGCAUGGAGAAAUAGUGUCAAUAUGUUCGGACUCGGCGCAAUUGGCGAAAAUAUGUGA